AUGGCUUCCAAGCAGAUGCUCAUCGUCGCCAUCGCCGCGGCCGCCCUCGCUGUCGCCUUCCUUCCGGGGCUCGUCGUCGCCUCGGAACACGUGGUCAGCGACGACAAGGGCUGGGCCCUCUAUGUCGACUACACGGCCUGGGCUGAGACCAAGCAGUUCGUGGUCGGCGACACGCUAGUGUUCGAGUACGGUAUCUCCAGCCACAAUGUCGUGGAGGUGAGCGGGCCAGAUUUCCUCAUUUGCCACCAGACCGACAACGCCGUCGUCCGGACCUCCGGCGAGGACCGGGUCGCGCUCGACAAGGCCGGACGCCGGUGGUUCUUCUGCGGCAUCGACAACAACUGCGAGAACGGCGUGAAGCUCAAGAUCACCGUCCUCGAGACCGCCCCACCGGCUCCCCAACCCAAGGCCCCGUUGGCUGCUCCACCGCUGUCCAACCCCGCCGGCAAGCUGCAGGCCCGCUUCGGGGAGGCGGCGGCCAUGGUCACCACGGCAGCUGCGGCCGUGCUCGUGCUCUAG